AUGCACCUGCCACUCCUAACGCCCCUCCUAAAAUUGCCGUCAGAUUAUUUCUUCAAGUAAGUACAGGUUGCCAAUCCACACAACGGAAUUCACGCUUCAAGGGGAUAAUUUAGACACUUCUUUGAAAUAUACCCGAACUGUGAAUAUCCAAGUGCUGCAUCGAGAUGGCGUGCCAGACGGAGAGGUGUGAAUAUGUCUUGCCUUCCUGGGCCUUGGACACAGCUGACAAUGGAAGAUAUGAAUAAACUGAACGGGCAAAUCGCUUUUGGAUAAAUCGAUUUCUGAUUGACAGUAGUCAUGAGGGGGAAGGACUACUUUUAGCCUACUUUUGCCGUCACUGUAACAUGGCGUGGCAGGAUAUGAGGUUCGGGAUGGGCCACGGAAGCUUGAGGGCUUGGACGAACUUCUGCUGACAGCACAAGGUUGGGUUGGCUGACAGUAUAACUGGCGCCUCUGCCGUCGUAAGUACCUGCUGGCACAGGCACUUAAAGUGCCUGGUCGGCACCUGACAGAUAGCUCGAAAUACUUGGUUGACAUCUACUCAAUCAAGCGACUUGUUUUCAACUUUCUGCGCUCCACUGUAACUUACUUAUAUUAAUGUGCAGGUCUGGUGAUGAAUUCUCACAGCGACUUCGUCAAAGUCCGUUCCAGUGAUUUCGAUUGUGUCAUAGGUCUUUACAAUGUAAAACAGAAUCAUCGCCCUUCCAUGGACUUGGGUUCCUUCAAGUGAACAGAUUACUUGAGUUCUUGCUGAAAGUGUGCUACUUGCUUGCAGUCUGCGUGGGACCCUCUAGGGCGAGGUCACUAGCCGUGUAGAUGCGGCAAAAAGGAACGUUUCGUCUUUAUCCCACUAGACCGAUAACUUACAAGAAGCGUGGUAGUUCUCGACCGAAGUAGAUGAACAUGGCAUGCUGGAAGCCCUGUGAUACAUACCCUUCGCAGCAAACGGGGAACACAUUUAAAUUCCGAGAUUGAAUAUCUGUCUAGACGUUUUGGUGAACACCUGCCGCAGAAAUGUCUGACUGCCCAUUCGCCGACUUACACUGACAGCGUUCUCAAGCAUCUGACAUAGAACAGACUUGGAGCCGGAUGUGACGUUCCUGAGGCGAUGUGGAAUUCAUUGGAGUGAUCGAGAAAGUGACCAAACAAUCUGCUCAGGGGCUGUGAAAUCAAUCACAAGAUAAAGACUGAUAUAAAACAUCCCAUUAUUUGCGACCACCAUAUCUUUCCUCCCACCCUACUACCCUCCAAAAAGCCGAGUGGCCGUCCCGACUUAUUUCUUCCGACUGAGUCUACUGGCAGUUGGCAACCAUCCAAAUGUUUCUGCCUUGGGCCGUUCUUCCACCUCAGAAUGACGUCCACAGUUUUCCCGACGAAGGGAGUCCAGUGAAGACAAGAACAAUGCUGGAAUCCUCAGCAAGUACUUUUUAAGAGUUCUUGUUUGAAGCCAGGGUGUUUUUGACUGCAAAAGUUGUGCUUGAUACUUAUUUCACUGUUAUUUUAUUUCUUGCCACUUUCAUUCCAUUCUUCAAGGAUUCCUUCGUCAUUCCUCUCUACUCCACUCUUCUGCAGGCAGUGAAGCUAGUUUUGGCCGAUUUAAUCCCUUUAGAGUAAGAUGCUUCGAAGUGCUUCAAUGUAUUCUCAAUGAUAUAUGCAGAGAUUGUCGCUAAGGGAAUUGGCUGCAGUUUCAACAGACUAACUUAUCAUUUGGUCAUUAUUUACUGCACAACUGGAAGAUCUAUGUCUUAGUGAGAAAUUGUUACAGCGCAUUAAAUGAUAUGACACUUUUUAUAAAAAAAAUUACACGAAACUUCGUGCCUUUAUCCCAUACAAGAAUAUAUGGAUGAUUUUAUAAGAGAGUUUGACAAGACAUUUACUAUAAGUUCGACAGAUUCUUCCUCAAAUAGUGUAUCAUACAUGUAUGUCAGAAGGUUGAAGUGAGAAAUUUAUAUAAGUAGGCGGAAUUCGAGGGUGCCAGACAUAAAAAGGGAGAGUUAAAACUAGUUUAUUUAUGAGUGCCGUUCAUGUAAAUAAAUCUGUUAAAACGGUCUCCCAGCGUUAAUUACCAAUCCAGUCUCUAAUUGGUAACAAAAGGUUGCCGGCUCGAUUUAUGCCACACCUACAGCAUUGACCUUUUUUGAGAUCCUGCUUUUCUAAUCGGUUAAUCUUAGGCCGAUUUCUGACCUAGAAGUGACUGAAUAAUGGUGAAAGUUUGUGUCAGUGCCAGUGUAUUUCAGGGAAAGUAGGUGUCUAUCUUUGAAAUCCCUAUCGGUAACAUGCAGAGGAAGUAAGUGGAGAGAAUGGAACAGAAGUAACCUGAAAGAAAUAUAAGGGGAAUAACAAGAACGGUACAAAUGAAUACAUAAUUUCAUGCAUUAACCGAAUUUAAAGGUAUAUGAACUCGUUUAGCUGAUUAAAUACAGCAGAGAGUUGGACCACACGCAAGAUACGGGAAAAGAAGUAAAAUUUGUUUAGUCUGCAGGCAUCAUGGUGAAUGCGAGCAGCGGUGUGCGACGUGGUUAAAAUAAAUAAGUUACAUAAACAUAUGCUACUUGGAUAUUGGUAGUAGCAUCGCCAUAACAAUACAUCGCCAACGUUGGCUAUCAAAGUGGCUGUAGUCCGGCGUUAUUGUAGUGCACACUCCAAUGUUGAUUUAACCUCCGUUUAAAAGCAUCUACGGAUCCCGACAUAACAACAUCCUCAGGCAAAGCAUUCCAAGCUGCAACCACUCUGUUGGAGAAGAAGAACUUUCAUGUGUCUAGCCGGGCACCAGUCACACGUAGUUUGAGUGGAUGGCCUCUCAGGUUAGUCGUAGUCGCCAACUCGAAGAAGUCUCCAGAUGCGAGGCAGCAGCCCUGAUUGUUCACAAUGCGGAAAGCUUGUAUCAGGUCCCCACGUAGCUGCCUGUAACUUAAAGGACAUAGAUCAAAUUAGAUAAUCAUGUUUCGUAGGGCAGUGACCACUGCCCAGAUACAAGUUUCCUCGACGCUGAACUUUUUCGAGUAUUCCGAGGUCUUCAGCGGUCCAGGGUCUCCAUGCUUGGAUAGCAAACACCAGAUGCGGUCGCGCAAAAGUUCGAAAGACCUUGGCAAAUCAGUCCUCAUCAAAGGAAGAUAACGGCCGUUUUACGAAGUAUAGAAUGGACAUCGCCGACUUUGAGCAUUGCGGCGAAGGCUUCAGCGAGUUUGUGAUCCAUAUACCCAAGUCCUCGUAGGCGUCGACCCCUUACAGUGGUUUGCCAGUCAGACGGUAGAACAUGUGGUUAAGAGAACUGGUUCCGCCGAUGCGUACGAAGUUACACUUGUUUACGUUGAACUGUAGAAGCCAGUCUUUUGACCAUUGCCCGAGGCGAUCUAGAUUUGUCUGCAGUCGCGCCUCGCCAACUUCGUUUUGUAUCGUAUUCCAGGUCUUUAUUUCAUCAGCAAACAUUGCGACAUCGCAGUCAGUUUCGUUUGCGCGGUUGUUGACGUAUACGAGGAACAGUGUAGGGCCAAAUCUUGUCGUGUGUCACAUUGCAGUUCACGUUACUGAAGGGAUUGUUCAGUCUACCUAAUACUGGAUGUGGCUAUUCACAUUGCCAUGCACAAGUACAGGAAAUUAAAAAAAAAACAAUUUAGGGGGUGUUGACAACUGCUGACUAGUGAACACCUUGCAGGGAGAAGAGAAGAGAUGAGACGGGGAAAAGGAUUAACUUACACAGCAUUAGAUGAACGCUGACGUCAGCAGCAAUAAAGUCAAAACUAAGCCAGUUAUUAUGUGUGUUAUUUGAGAAUGAAUUUAAAUAGAUAUACCUCGAAAAAGCGCAAAAGAAUAUCGAUAGGUAGGACGAUUUUUUAAAUCCAAAUUUAUGAAAGUACCGCGCUAAAUACAGAGACCUUGGCAACCAUAUUAAGCAACAGUCAGUAAAUUUGCUUACUUUCGCCAAAACGCUUUAACACGUAUACCGGGAUAGUUGAUAGACUUGAGAAAGGCCUGCGCAAAAGACGACCAGUCGACUGAGUGAAAUAGACGUUCGAAUGAGCUUUCCAACGGGGUGGAAGAAGGUAGGUUCCUCCGUAGAUACACUUCCUCCAAGCCGUAAUGUUGAUGUGUAGUUUAAAUAUGUAAUAUGCUCAUAAUAAUAAUUAUAAGAGUAAUAGUAAUUUUUAUUCAAGACCCGUGGGGUCCUUUCAUAGCAAGUAAAAGUAUUUUUUUACACUUAUUUUAGAAUUUUAGACGAGGUAUAAACAAUUUAUACAAUACUUAAUUCGUUGUUAUUUCGUAAGUAGUAAGUUACUGAGAAAUUUGAGCGAGCAGUGAAAAAACGCCUAACAUAAACAAAAUGAGUAUUAUUUGGUAAAAACUAUAGGAGAAAAAAAACUCUCGUUCCUUAAUAUAUAAAAAACAGACAGGACCGGCCUGUGUAUGGCAUUUUAUAAUGGAUUUCAUGAAGGAGUAAGUAGUCGGGUCAGGCAGCACUGGUCUGCAUGUGGUAUGAAGUAAAAGGUUCGAAACGAGCAGAAUUCAUAUGCCAGAUGCGAUCGGUUACAUUUAGUCGAAUCAAGCCUAGGAGUCGUCAAGGGAGAUGCGACCAGACUACUAGUAUAUGACGAAAGAAGGUUCCGAAAAGAGCGUCGAUAGAGCGCACUCUAUGAGGGCACGAUGCAUGAACUGAAAAAUCGAAAAAUUAACAUUUCUGAUGAGGGAUCCUAGGAAGCGAUACGACUCACAAAAGAAAGAAAUAUGAGCGAAUACGGAAAUUUAAAGGCGGCGUCCUAAAUUCCUGGUGGCCCUUUCGCAGUCUCAUAGAGAGAGUUGUCCGGGAAGGAUGAAAAGAGUAAAAGUUUAAUCGAGUCAGUAUUCAGAACCGAGAACAGCAUGUCGAUCACCGACGUCGCCGGUCCUAGUAAGAUAUGUUACGUUCCAUCAUUUCCAUAGGAACUGUUAAAAAAAAAUCGAGAAAGCAGUAAAAUCCGAAUAAAGCUGGCUUGCAGUUAUUUUGAGUUGCAAACAGGUUUAUCAACUGCAAGAGAUUAAAGGCUCAUAAAGUAUACAGCGUGGGGGAGGAGGCGAAAAAACGUCACACUUGAAUCACGAUGGUUUAAAAGAAUAUAAUCGUCGUAGGUGCGCCGGCCGUACAAUUUAUGCUUCAUUAGAAGUGGAAUCGGCAUUUUUUUCUUAUUAUGGCAUGUCGAUAUCCAGCCAGCAUCAAUAAAAUGCCUGCAAUUUAUAAGAAGGUCACCAACCUAUCGUAUCAGUUCGCUUUCGCUUAAUUUUUAGAGGUAGAUAAGCAGUAACGGAAUCUGUAAAGCGGAUCACUGAUAGGUAAAGUAGGUAAAGUAAAACUCAUAAAGCCAUGAUGUCGGAAGUUUCACUGGCAUGGAAUUUCCACACGGGUUUCUAUGGUUCACCAUUCUGGUGAGCAUGCUAAUACCGAGAAAGACGGUUUCAGAAGUACAAAUAAACUAGAGGGCAGCAGGUUUAAAGAAAUAUCGUUAAAAUUAUGCUACAAAAUAUGACGCUCAACAGAAUUACUUAAAGAAUCCACUGACUUUAAGUUUUAAUACACUAAAAACAAGCCGGGGUACGUGGUUAUCUCGGUGUAACGCCCUUUAGUAUUGAUUACAAAACACACACGAAGUGCGGAUUGACAGAAUUGGAGUACGGGCCAGACUCCUGUCGAAGUUAUUGUCAAUUGAGGAGACCAGGAAGGUGUGGCGUGUGUGACACCAUCUCCAUCCUAGGUCCGCACCCCUAGUGGCAAACUAUAUCGAGUAGAUAUCUAUCAACUAUCUAUUUAUCGAGAUUCAUAUAUCGACUGGAUAUCUAUUUUGUUGCAAAAAUAGAUAUUUAUUAGUUAUAGAUUAAUUGAGAUACUACGCUAUCGGCGAAAAAAAAGGGGGGGGGUUAAUAUGCUGUGCGUGAAAUCGUUUGCUUAACCCAAUGCCCUUUUUGUACCCCCCCAUCCAUCCCCUGUCGUAUGCUUAUCUCCCCCCGUUUACCCAGAGGUGCAUUGGAGACGGUUAUAUUGGAAUAUGUUUAUUUAAAAAAUUUAAAUUAAUAUGUACAAAGGUUUGCUGAACCCCUUCUGUGUUCACACUGUUCACGCAGGCGGGGAAUCAGUCAAAGAUCCGGGUAUAUUGUCUACAUGUUAAACUUGAUUACUGAUAAACGGCAAUCAAUUUACCACUGCCAUCUUGCGUCAGUUGUGACUUCUUCUUACGCUGGACACAACUGUCGAGCGACCUUUUCAGGCGCAUGGUAAGUGCCGACUCAAGGUCAGGCAGCUUUACGGUGGCAUCGGUAUUCCACGCUCCUAAGACUUCUGCAUGUUGUAGAGUUGUAAGUAACGGCAGACUUACCAAGUAUAACCUCAUACAGUUUCGAACCGCUGAGGCUCUCUUUCGUCUUUCGGCCUUCGAAAUUAACAUAUAGGUUUAUUUAAUCGUCGAAGACAGCGAAGCAAAUCCGCUUGACGAAUUCAUCAAUAUUAUGCCCACCUAGGCAUGUUAGGAAGGAAGUCUAACGCAAUAGAGUGUGAUUAAUAUGGUUGCAUACCAGCUGCUGUCUAAAGCCCUUGUCCAGUAAUCGGACAUUCAAAUUACGAAAAUCGGCACCCGACCGUAUUUGGUGGUCAAGCGGGUUCGUCGGCAGCUGAUAAGCUACCGGUCCCGAGGUUUUAGCCUGCUGUAGAAUCAUUGAUUCCAACAGCCGCUGACGGCCAAGUAACUUGCGGACAGUCUCCACUACAAUGUCCAGUUUCAUCAACCGUGCCCGCAUGUGUUUGCACAUUAGCAGCAGGAUAUCUUCCUGCCCAUUCACUUUCGGCAGUGUUGUCAGGAUGUCGUCACCCAGGGGGAUGGUGUCGAAAGAAUCAUCGGCGUCCUCCUGCGGCCCCUGAAAGGUAUAACAGCGUUAUUUUCCAUAACUUACCGGCGAUGAUAUGUCUUCACCUUACAGCAGGUAGAGCGCCUCAUCAAUCGCGGACCUCCUUUGUCGGACCGGCAGUUGGCGUGUUGGAAGUUGGCUCAUGCUAAUAUCUACAGACGCACUGGAUAGUGUUACAGCCGAAUAGUGUUACGGCAUUCAAAUAAUCCUGUUUAUGUCAAGGGGCGUUUCACCGUUACUUUUUGAGGACUGACUGGUCUAAUUUCGUAGGGUCCCUUCUCGUAUUCGCCUCAUCACUUCCUUUUAAUGAUCUCAGCAUCCCAUGAUUCCUAGUAACACUUUGGUCAUUUUAAUGUUUCUUGGUUCGAUGCAACCGAUCGUUAUCUCCAGGACGACAGUCAACCGUGAGUCGAUUUACGUCGUUAUGAGUUUCAAUAUUGAAACCCACAGAGAAGGCUUAUACGUCAGUAUUUACUGAGGUUCUAAGUCUGCCUUAUGGGUUUGCCGGCCUCAAGGUUGCGUAUUUUGCUAUAAUGAAGUGACUCCGAAAGGAACAUAUGUUCCUUCUAUACGACGUCAGCUCACGGCAUUCAAAUGCCGGAUUCUAGACUGGCGAUUAGUGGUAGGGGGCGCUCACCGAUCGUUCUUAUGGAACUCACUCGUGCCGUUGUGCCAUAAGGGCUCUCUCUCGGGCCCAACCUGCAGCCGCACAGCGGCGUAUGAUAUAGGCAGAAUGACAUUGCCGACAAAGACAAGGGAGACUGGGAUGGCAAUUUUUGACUUAUUAGCCGUCGUCAGCCAGCCAUACCCAACCCCAAGUAUGGAACACCCGAGGCUCGAACUCGCGACCUGUCUGUUAGACUUUCCCGCCUCUGACCACUGGAUGACGACGGCUAAUAAGCCAGAAAUGGCCAUUCCAGUCUCCCUUGUCUUUGCCGGUAAUGCCAUACUGGAGUUUAGUGUCAUUGGCCUUAAUUACGGGCGAAACAUGCUGCCUUUCGACCCUUUUAUUAAUGCGGUUGUUUUAAUAUGGUGAGUUGCAUGAUCACUAAUGUCCGUUAGGGGACUGAUAGCAUAGCUGGGUAAAGUGGCUCAGCGUAUUGCACUUCAACGGCGCGUCGAUGUUCGCCUGCAGGCGUUACCAUUCUCGUUUCCCCCUUUACUUGUGUUGCUGACACAAUCCAUGGGAGUUAUGUUUUCAUAGAUGCUGUAUGAAGAAGUGAUAUUUUUUAUGGCACCGCAGGCGGAGGCACACUUUCCACAGAUUUCUUACGCAUUCGCUAUUUAAGAUCCUGCCUGCUUUUCCGUUUUAAUUACUCAAAGUUCAUCAGUGUGAUCCAUUGGUUUGGAAUAUCGACCGUUCAAUUUUCUGAUUAAACAAGACGUUUAACGGAUGGAAACGGAUAUGCGCGUUCACCUUCUUUAAGACUUUUCUGUUGGCAUGCUAAAUCACUUUUCAUCCGACCAACUUGUUUACUAAACAAAGUGUCCACAAAUAGUCAGCACACUAAAGUAAACUAGAACCCCUUCUGCCAGCCGGAAUCAUUGCCCAGAAAAUAUAGGUCAAAAUAACAAAUGCAUUAAGCAGGCAAAUAAACCUUAACGGCGGGUGUUUUCCGUCCGUUCGUUUAAUCACGUGCACUGAUUUCCAGGUUAGCCCGACCAGUUUUGUGGCCGUAUGGACUACCGUGAGAACAAUACGUAUGGUCUUCUAGUAAUCUCUAACGAAGUCGAUUUGCUGCUUAAAAAUAACCCAAUCGAUCUUAUUUCUGACCUCUAAAUGUCCGUUUAUCGGUUUUCACCAAGCUUCUCUCUUAAGGCCUCACGAUCGCUUGUGGACUUUCUCCACACGAUUGGCCCCUUUUGAAUGUUGUAUAAGUGAAUAUGCACAAAGCAGCGGCUUUAUGACGUUGUUUGGUACCUACUUCAAGUGGACAAUCUCUUAUGGUUGCUGAAACUAGGUUCCACAAAUGCAAAAAUUGUUGCCUGAACUUUCUUGUGAACAUGAACCAGGAUUGUACAGUUUACCGCCACAAGACAAGGUCGUUUAUUCGGCUGUCAGAAAACUAUCAUACUUGCCGCGCACCCUGAGCCGCAUCACUUUUGUGUUAACUGCGCCUAUGAGUAGUUAUAAUCAGCGUUCAUUUUUUCGACUUUCAUUAUCUCUUAUCACUAACCUCCGCCAUAAGUAGCUUCCGAAAAACUGUCCCAAUAUUAUUUCCCUCAAGCUCCUCAACUUUCGGGACUUAGUUUCCUGAUUUUUCUUGUAUACAGACGUGCUGGACCACAGUGGUCUUUUCUACUUCUACAGUCAGCAGCUGUUUUUGCAUAACUGGACAGAACCGUAAAUAUUCCUGACAAUUUAUUUCACCAAGGAUCUGCCGGACCUUUUUUAUUAUCACUUUGUGUAGGAAGCAUGAAUACGCACUACUGGAUUGCUAGCUUACCGUAUCUUCUCAUGUUCGAAUGACGUCUACCAUAGACGGUUUUUUAUUACAAGAUUGACCUUGCAUGAAAAUCAAGCCAGGCGACAAAGCCACAGUAAAUUAGUCCCGAAAUCCACCAAGUCGUUUGGACAUUCCUUAACACUACCGUAUUUUUCUAAUUUAUGAAAACUAUGCAUAUGCUAUGGACAUUUUCAGCAAUCCUCUCACUUCAUCUACCUACUGGUUUCGGAAACUGGGGCAUCACUGGGCUUUUAAUCACCUAACGCUUACAAUACAUUGUUAAUCUGACGGCUGAUAAUACUAGUAACGGUUUUUUCUGUUCUGUCAACAAUGAUUCCAGCCUAUGGGGGCAACUUGUUUCUGUUGUUUUACUUUUUCAAGUAACUUUUCCAUCAAAGAAAAUCCGCUAAGCCAGUUUAUGACAAGCGGUCUCUAGAGGCCAAGCUUGUGCUGCUAACUGACCGAAGGUUGACUGCUGCGCCCAUGUGUGAAUGCUUGGCACUGGCUGGCUGGCUGGUGCAUGCGUAACUUGACAAGGGAGAGGGUGUUGGUUUUGGAAUUUUAGUCGAUGGGCCACCAUAAGAAUCAACCUGGCAAAGUGUAGUGUGACAGGAAAAAAGUGUACAACACGCUGGAUCAGAUAAUCUUAGUGACCGUCGGCGCCGCCGUCGCCGCCGCAACUACCGUUCUCAUUGACCAUACCUUGUUAAGACCUCCCACUUUAGCCGGCUUUGUGUUUCUGCCGUUUAGAUUUUUCACAAACCGCGUCGGUAUGUCCUCCUUGA